AUGAAGAUUUUUCUUGCGUUCUUGUUGAUUCUCGCGGUUUCUGUGGAGUGUUCAAGAGCCUGUCGAUUUGAUCAAGAAGGACAAGUAUUAUUCACUUACAAAUACAUCUAUUGGGUUGUUUGUCACAAUGGGCAGCCUCAUAAAUGCGGUAACGCUCAAGGAGAGCUCCCGGAAACUCGGCCAUUCUGCUUGAGACAUCGUCGUCCCAGUUCACCGACUAAAUAUUGA